AUGCCAGAAAAAGAAUUAGACUAUAUCAGAUCAAGAGAUAUUGCUUCUUCAGAUGAUCAAAAUGGUGGUGUCUACAUUGAUGCCUUCGAUGAUAAAAAACCACAAUUGAAAGGGUUCGCCAAAAUCAUCGAUGGCUUUAAAAGAGCAGAUGCUACCGAAUUAGGUAUUGAUCCAAAUUUAUCAGAUGCUGAAAAAAUCGCCAUUAUGACAGCUAAUUCUCCAUUAUCAAGAAAAUUAAAAAAUAGACAUUUACAAAUGAUUGCCAUUGGUGGUUCUAUCGGUACUGGUUUAUUCGUUGGUUCAGGUUCUUCAUUAGGUACGGGUGGUCCAGCGGGGGUUAUUAUCGCUUAUUGUCUUAUUGGUACUAUGAUCUAUUGUACUUGUCAAUCAUUAGGGGAAUUAGCUGUUACUUUCCCAGUUGCUGGUGCUUUUAUUACUUAUAAUUCAAGAUUUAUUGAACCAUCAUGGGGUUUCGCUAUGGCUUGGAAUUAUGCUAUGCAAUGGUUAGUUGUUUUACCUUUGGAAUUGGUUGCUGCAGCCAUGACUCUUCAAUACUGGGACUCUAAAACUAAUUCUGCUGCUUAUGUAGCAAUCUUCUAUGUUUUCAUUUGUUCAAUUAAUUUCUUUGGUGUUAGAGGUUAUGGUGAAGCUGAAUUCAUGUUUUCAUUAAUUAAAGUAUUAGCUGUAUCAGGAUAUAUUAUUUUAGGUAUAGUGUUAGCUUGUGGUGGAGGUCCAAAAGGGGAAUAUAUUGGUGGUAAAUUCUGGAAUAAUCCAGGUGCCUUUGCUAAUGGAUUCAAAGGGGUUUGUUCGGUUUUCGUCACAGCUGCUUUUGCAUUUGCAGGUACGGAAUUAUGUGGUUUAGCAGCUGCUGAAACUUCUAAUCCAAGAAAAUCAUUACCAAAAGCUACUAAACAAGUUUUUUGGAGAAUUAGUUUAUUCUAUGUUAUUUCUUUAACUUUAGUGGGUAUUUUAGUUCCUUACAAUGAUCCAAGAUUAAUUUCUAGUAGUUCGGUUGAUGUUUCCGCUUCUCCAUUCGUGUUAUCUAUUGUUGAUGCUGGUAUUUCAGGAUUACCAUCAGUUUUUAAUGCUGUUAUUAUGAUUUCAGUUUUAUCAGUAGGUAAUUCUUCAGUAUUUGGAUCUUCAAGAACUUUAGCUGCAUUAGCUGCUUCUGGUCAAGCACCAAAGUUCCUUGGUUACAUUGAUAAACAAGGUAGACCAUUAAUGGGUAUUAUUGUUCAAUGUGUGUUUGGUUUAUUAUGUUUCAUUACUGGUUCUAAUGAAUCAAAAGCCGUUUUCAAUUGGUUAUUAGCAUUAUCUGCUUUAUCAUCAUUAUUUACCUGGGGUUCAAUUAAUAUGUGUUUAAUUAGAUUCAGAAGAGCCUUAUAUGUUCAAGGUAGAACUACUGAUGAAAUUGCAUGGUGUUCUCAAGUUGGUGUUUAUGGAGCUGCUUAUGGUUUCUCCAUUAUUGUUCUUGUUUUAAUUGCUCAAUUCUGGAUUGCAUUAUUCCCAUUAGGGGGUUCUCCAAAUGUAGCUGAUUUCUUUAUGGCUUAUUUAGGGGCUCCAGUUGUUAUGGUGUUCUGGCUUAUUCAUAAAUUAUGGAAGAGAGAAUGGAAAUUUAUCAUUAGAGCUAAAGAUAUUGAUAUUGAUACUGGAAGAAGAGAAUUAAAUUUAGAUUUAUUAAAACAAGAAAUUGCCGAAGAAAAAGCUUACAUAGCUUCCAAACCAUUCUAUUACAGAUUAUAUAACUUUUGGUGUUAA